UUAUUUCAGUAUUCUUGUUUAUAGCUGUAAUGAAAAUAUCAGAAUAAAGAAAAAUAAAACCAAAAUUCAGCAUUCUUCUCCUAUAUUUUGCCUGGUGUACUUUGACAACCAGAUAUUUGUAUCACUUGCAAAUGGAGAGCUAGCUAUAUACACAAGGAAAGAUAGUGGAAUUUGGAAUUUCGAUCAAACUCUAAAGAUCCAAAUAGGAAACGGUUCGUCUUCUGUUACUUAUAUGCUUGGCGUGAAUGGAAAAUUGUGGUGUGGCUGUCAGAAUUUUAUCAAAGUCCUCAACACUGACACGCAUAAAGUUGAAUAUUCCAUCCAAGUUGGACAAGAUUCUACAAAAUCCGUAAUAUCUAUGGUCUUGUCUGGAUUAGGAGUAUGGAUUGCACUUCAGUGCAGUCCUGUUAUUUUUCUUUAUCAUGCUACAACUUACGAAUAUCUAACAGAUAUUAGUGUGGUUCCCGCAGUUUCGAAAAUGCUCGCUUGUUGUGAUGAUAUAAUACAACAACAUAAAUCUGCCUGUUUACGCAUUACUUCAUUGCUAGCUUGUAAGGAUUUACUGUGGAUAGGAACCAGUGCAGGAGUUGUACUUACGAUGCCUUUAUCUAAUGUCACGUCUGUAUUUAAUUGCUUAGACAACAUAAAUAUUUCUGGGAUAUCUCAAGGACACACGGGUCACGUGAGAUUCUUAACGUGUGUAGAUAUGGAACAAUUUUGCGAUACUCAUAGACUGUCGUAUUCAGAUAAUCCCGACGAAAUAAUCAAAAACAAUAAAUUAUUAGUUAUAAGCGGCGGAGACGGUUACGAAGAUUUCCAAAGUGGUUUUAGUGAAGCUUUAGGUCACGACGAUAGCACAAAUCAUCUCUUGCUAUGGCACGUAUGACUUUACAGAUUAAUAGUUUUUAAAAUUCAUCUUAUCAUUUUUUAAAACAUGAAUUUUAUUAUUCAUUGAUCUCAGUUUUUAAGCAGUGUAACAUUUAAAAUUAUUCUGUGUCGUUCCCUUCUCGCGAUUCUGAGGUUUCUAUUCGAAAGCCUUAAUUUUAUAUUUGGACUUUAAAAUUUUAUUAGCAAAUUUUCUAAAGAAAUCCAAGAAUUUUAAAUUGCGUAAACACUAAAAUACCUUUCACUUAUUAUCUUACUAUCAUCUCAAAAUUCGAUUAACGUUUUUAAUUUUAUUGUUUUAUCCAAAUCCUACAGUUAUUCACUCAUCCGAAACUAAAUCUCAAAUCAAAUAAUUAAAAAUUUAAAUUUGAGAUUAAUUCAAUCAAUCUAAUUAAGUCACUUUUAGCUUAUUUUUAAUUACAAACAAAGAAAAGCAACGCAAAAUUAAUUAAUUAGAAAAAAACAACUCCUCUUUCAACACUAAUUUUCUCAAGUUGUAUGCUAAUACAAUGAGAAAAGAAGUUAAUUAUUUUAUUAUUGAAGAUUUUAAAUUGUUAAAAAAAUAAUAAUAAUUUAUUUUUAACAUUAUUUAUAAGCACGAAAUGUAAGCUUUACUACCUUAUUUACACUUAAUAAAAUAAAAAAGAAAGUGGAAAUUAUCAUCCUUAAUGCCUCUGUGAGGUAAAAUCGUCCCAAAAUUUUAAUUAUUUACAAUUAUUAUUAAUACGAAUGGACCAGUUUUUAUAAAUAUUAUGAUUUUCUUUCAUGUCUACGAGUCAAAGUCUUUAUACAAAUUGUAUACAUGCGAUUGAAUGUUUAAUAAUAGCAAAUAAUAUAAAUUAUAAAGUUUAUGUUAAUGUUACUUCUGUUAUGUGCAAUAUAUUAUAAAGUUAUUCAACAAAAAAAUGAGCUUAAAUUAUGUAUAACCAGGUUUUAUAUGUAAAAAC